AUGGAGAAGCUGGAGCCUCCCGGGGCAGCUGGCAACCUCACCCUGGAACCCCCUGAAGGGGCAACCAGUGGAGUGCCAGUAGGCAUCAUAGGAGUCGAGGCAGGUUCUGGGCGCUCCAUACACUCCGGAGGAAUAAUAAUUAGAAGUCCUGAUUCUAGCUGGCCCUCUGAGGUGGUAGCUGUUCACGGUUCCAGGCCCAACCACCAUCCUGGGGAGGUUGUGGGUCACAGCCUUGCGGCUGGCACAGGCCCUGGCGGAUUUAAUCCCCUCUUUCCUGGAACCAGUGUAUCCGGGACAUCCGGCUUUCGAUCCACGGGGCCUGGGGUGCACAACUCGGGAUGCAGCCCGCGCUCCGGGUCAACUUGCUUGCACCCCCACAAACCCUAUGAGGAUCGGCCCCGUAGCAUCCUAAAACACUACAGCUCCACCUUGAUGCAUAAAUCCCCCAGUGUGGAAAGGAAAAAGUCUCAACACUGGGAUGAAAUGAAUAUCAUGGCCACUUACCACCCUGCUGGCAAGGACUAUGGAUUUAUGAAGGUGGAUGAACCUAGCACUCCCUACCACAGGCUACAGGACAGUGAUGAGCACCUGCUCCCAGGGCCCUCCCACACAGUGACUCCUGAGGCACUAACAGAGAGGUUGGCAACAAUGGACAGUUUAUACCCCAAAGUCCUUCAGUACGGUGAUAACAGAAGCUCAGGGUCUUCAGACAGCUUUUCUAAAACAUACUCCAGUGAUUUUGAGAAACGACGCAAGGCACACUACAAUGAAGGAAAGUUCCUCAAAACUCAGAAAAACCUGCCCUUGGAUAAUAACAAGAACAGCAAUGGGUAUAGUGAAAGUUUGGGCAGCGGUGGUCAAGGUGUGAUGCUGGGCCCAGGGUCCAAGCCUGUGGAGAGAGGCUGGGCUGGAGGACUAGCCAGAGGAGUCAAAGAUGAGAUUGGCCUGGUGACCAGGAACCAGAUCCCAGAAGCCAAGGAUUCCUCUGCCUUCAGAAAUCAGUCCCCAGCUUCGACCAUCACCAUGUUGGAGAAGGAAGCUGAUCUGCAACGAAAGGAGUAUUAUAGCAAACGAAGAUACCUGAGGUGUUGUCCUCACCCAGAGCUUGAGGAGGACACGGAAGAUGAGCAGGAGGACAGCUGUACAAGUUUGAACUGGGUGAGAGAGAAUUCCAUAAGAACUGAGGUCCGUUUGCUGGACCACAAGAGAAGCCCCCUUCAGGAUCACAGGCCAUCAAGAACUCCCUGACAGUGACACCACUGCAGUCUGAUGAAUCCCUGCGGCUUUGAUGGACUCAGGAGGAGGAAGCCACACAAUAGAAAAUGUAGCCAGCUGGAGAUGGGGAGGGACCCAACUUCCCCUGCCCUCACCACCCUAGGGGUGGAAAAUAAAGAGAAGAAGAGCAGGAGUCUGGGUGCUGUGAAUUGGGGGCCCAGCUGGACCUGCUCAGUUGCUGA